AGUAAGACAUUCAGCCUACUGAGCCACCCAGGUACCCCUGAACAACAUGUUCCAGAAGUUUCUCAGCAAGGAAUGCAUGAAAGGAAACAUGUGGUAAGAAAGGAUGGAGCAGAAAAAUGGAAGUUCCUUCACUGGGUUUAUCCUGCUGGGCUUCUCUGACCGGCCUCAACUCGAGCGAGUCCUCUUUGUGGUUCUUCUGAUCUUCUAUCUGCUCACCCUGCUGGGAAACACGACCAUCAUUGCACUGUCCCGCCUGGACCCACACCUUCACACUCCCAUGUACUUUUUCCUCUCCAACCUAAGCUUUCUGGACCUGUGUUACACGACCAGCACUGUUCCUCAGCUCCUGGUUCAUCUCAGGGGAGCAGACAAGUCUAUCUCCUAUGGCGGCUGUGUAGCUCAGCUGUUCUUCUCUUUAGGGUUGGGAUGCACAGAAUGCUUCCUUUUAGGGGUGAUGGCAUUUGACCGCUACGCAGCCGUCUGCAGGCCCCUGCACUACACGGUGAUCAUGCACCCUCGUCUCUGUGCCCUGAUGGCAUCUGUGUCAUGGUUCACUGGUUUUGCCAACUCCUCAAUGGAGACGGUGCUCAUUUUCCUUGUACCACUUUGUGGGAGAAAUAAAAUAGAUCACUUCUUUUGUGAGGUUCCCCCACUGCUCAAGCUUGCCUGUGUUGACACCACUGUGAUUGAGUCAGAGAUCUUAUUUUUCAGCAUUAUCUUUCUUUUCAUACCUGUGGCAUUGAUCACAUUCUCGUAUGGUCAGAUUGUCAGGGCAGUGUUAAGAAUAAAGUCAACUGCAGGGCAGAGGAAAGUGUUUGGGACAUGUGGGUCCCACUUCACGGUGGUCUCCCUGUUCUAUGGCACGGCCAUCUGUGCUUACCUCCAACCCAGCAACAACUAUUCUCAGGAUCAGGGCAAGUUCAUUUCUCUCUUCUAUACCAUUGUCACCCCUAUGGCCAACCCCUUCAUCUAUACCCUGCGGAACAAGGAUGUGAUGGGCGCAAUGAAGAAUGUGUUCUGUCGGGGCUAUGACUCCAGAUGACUAGGGUGUCAGAUGACGGAAGACUUUGAAUGUGAGAGCCUUUAAGAUUUUGUGUCCUGCAUGUGUCUUCCAACAUUUUCCCUGACGACUCUCAAGGGAAUUUCCUU